GUAGGAUACAAAACAAAAUGUUUGGUUUGUAUAGAAGAAAAAUGCGCUGGAACAAAAUAUAUAAACAUGUCGUUUUUCAUUUUUCUUUUUCAUUGUGUUUGUUUUAAAAUGGCCCGAGAUGGAAACAGAGCUGUUACGAUUACUAAGACCCGAGGUAUAAGCAAUAUAUAAAGUGUCUUAAAUUAUUGUUAUUUGCUAAACAUAGAUCUGUCUUUAUAUGUUGCCUCGUUUCCACAUCACGUGAUUACUUGAUUAGUACGGCCACUAUAGAUUAUAGACCUGCUUUACAUUGUUGCAUUACCUUGUUUACGUCAAAGUGUUAUGACCUUAGCGAGGGAUUUAAAUCAGACAGCUCUUUGCCUUUCUUUACUUCACAACGCCACCUCAUUUCUCAUAUACUAUUACUGUCUGAGCUAGUACUCAAUUGUGUUGUUUUGUGUUAAACGUAAGAAAAAGCAGGAAACAUAUGCAAGAGAAGCUAGAUAUGGUAGCACAGCUCCAACAACAAGAGAAAGUACAAGGCAAUGUUAAAGAGUCCUUCAGAAUGGGCAUUUAAUGUUGUUUUUGAGAAAAACUGGACUGGAAAUUCUGUUUUAAAGAACAGGAAAACUGAGGACAGAGAGAUGUAUAGGUGGCGGUGAUGCAACCUCCAAAACUAUGACUAGAUGCUGCGUAGUACUGAGAGGAAACCUGUUGAGAAGAAAGAGUUUUUGUGUGUGGAAGUACCAAUAAAGCAGAUGAUGUCAAGACAAGAUCAGGAAGGGUGCAUUAGACAGUUUUAAGAAAACCUGGUCUUUAAGAGGCUGGGAAGAUGAGAAAGAAUGAGAGACCUACAGUUGGCCAUAAUGUAACCAACCUACUUGAUUCCAACUUCCGUUAAACAACAAAGAAGAAGACGAAGAAGUACCCUCUUACUGAGUCCACAGGAUUUAACAGGAAUGAUCAGAAGUCUGCCGAAAGAAGUUCAAUCACUGUUGCGCUCCGGAGUCGCCGUUUUUUUGUUGCAGCAAUGCGUGGAAGAGCUUCUGCUGAACAGCAUAGAUGCUGGAGCAACAUGUGUGGCCGUGAAGAUAGACAUAGACGCCUGCAAAAUUCAGGUCAUAGACAACGGCUCAGGCAUGGACCGGGAGAACAUGGAAAGGGUUGGGACCAGGUAUUGCACAAGCAAAUGCAGUUCUAUUCAUGAUUUGAAUAACCUUUGCUUCUAUGGGUACAGAGGAGAAGCGAUUGCCAGCAUGGCCACCAUGGCAACUCUGGUGGAAAUCACCUCAAGACCCAAGAUGUCUGUGAAAACGUUUGUUAAAAGCUUUCACGAAGGUGAGGCGUCGGAUGUGACUGAGGCACAGACCACUCGCCCUUCGGCUGGGACAACUGUGCUUAUUAGUAACUUCUUUCACAACAUGCCGGUCAGGAGAAAAAGGAUGGACUCUGUGCUGGAGGUUGAGCGCGUUCGACAGAGAGUCGAGGCCAUAUCGCUGAUGCAUCCGUCUGUGUCGUUUACUGUCAAAAAAGAUUGUUCAGACACUCUUCUGGUACAGCUUCCCAAAGCCAGGAAUACUUACUACAGAUUUGUACAGAUACACGGACUGAAUAGAGCCCAAAAGCUCAGAGAGGUAAAUUACAGGUAUGGACAGUUUGAAAUGACUGGGCACGUUGGCCGAGAGGGACACUACAACAGCAGUCUGCAGUUCCUCUUUGUGAAUGGGCGACUUCUCCUUAAAACACGUCUUCACAAACUACUCGGCUGUCUCCUCAGACGACUGAGUAGUGUCCAAACCAGCAGUCCGAACUUCUCAGCUGUUAUGUCAAGUCCUAAACAAAAAGGCGGUGCUGAUUUACACGGAGCUUACAUCAUUAACAUCAAGUGUCCCUAUUCGGAGUAUGACGUAUGCCUGGAGCCAGCGAAGACCCUUAUAGAGUUCAAAGACUGGGAUAGUGUUCUCUUGUGCAUCGAGGAAGGAAUAAAAGUAUUCCUUACAAAGGAGAACUUGAUAUCAGAGUGUGCUAUGAGUGACGUACAAAACCUGGAGAAUGAGGAAAGUGUUCCAGGACCAAAUGUAAGCACUGAAGACAAGACAGACGUGGAACAACAUGAUGAGUUACCUGAACCAGGGCUAGCAAAUACAAAGUCAAAAACAAAUUCGUAUUCAGAUCCUGAAAAAGAAGCCGUAGACGCCGAUGCUGGUAAAGAUCUACCCGGGAAAGUUCCUGAAAAUAAUCAAAACGCACAGUGCACUGAUAGGAACGACGACACUUCGGCACUUUGUGUAAGCAGCAAUAAAUUGACACAUUGUGAAAAUUCCAAGAUUGCUAUCGUCGACCAUAAAGCGGCCUACGACAGUUUGAGCAAACUUGCUGAACCGAGUUUUAGCGGUGCGCCGAAGAGAAAGCUGACAUUACGUCAAGCUGGGAAUCCUUCAGACGGCUGUGACUACGGGCCAAAGAUCGCCAGGGUCACGCCCCGUCACAAAUUAACACUCUCUUUUGAAACAGGAUCGCUUGACAAAUUCAAAAGGAUGUUUGGAAAGGAGGCUGAAAUUAAACCUCAAACACAAAUCUCUGACAUUUUAUGUCCGACAGAUUCUUUUGACCAUUCUGGUUUGUGCUCAAGCAGUAAUUUAGACUGUUCCGACACUAUGCUGGUAAAAGAUAUUAGUGUAGAUCGCUCUUUAUUCAAGGAGAAGUCUGUCUUCCAGGAGUCUCAGUUUUCCAGGAACAGGAUAUCAUUAGCAACAAAGCUGUCUCGCAAGGUUGAACACAAAGAUAUGCAUGCCAAUGCCACAUUGUUUAACCCUGUACCACAAGAUACAGGCUCUAUAGAGACAUUUCCCAGUUUUCUAUCAGUGGUAAUGAACAAUGACGCUUUUUCAAAGAACUCCGUCGUUACAACUGAGCUGCAUGAGCGUGAGGAUGACCGUUCAGAUGAACCCACAUUCACUGCUCCCGAAGGACAAGAAAAGUCAACAAGCACCUCUACCUCCACUACAGAAGACACUGAGCUCACCGAAAAUACGACUUCCCUUGAGCCCGAUAUGCCACAAGGUCAAAUAGUUGACCUCGCAUCACAACAUGACCUAUCGCCCUGUAAAAAAACAGGAAAUGAAGAACAGACCGCAAAUGAAAGCCGGGGCCACGAGAUUGUUCAGACGGAGCCUGUACAGAGUGAUUGGCUGACACAUUACGACGAUUCAUUGGGAAAGUUGUUCUACAUCAAUCAAGUCACAGGACUCAGUAAAUAUGAGAAUCCAUCACUGAAUGACACUCAAGUACCGUGCUCUACGAACCUCACUAACAUAGCAGUCAGUGUUGUUUCAAAGAGAGGUCCUACUUCCCUCUCGACUCUUUACUCUGAGUGGAAUAACCCUGUCUUUGUACGACCACCUCAGGUUGCCGUUGAUGUGACAAGUUGCCAAGCCGAAGGCCUUGCUGUAAAAAUCCAUAACAUUAUCUUCCCCUAUCGCUUCACUAAGGAAAUGAUCCACUCAAUGAAGGUCAUUCAUCAAGUAGACAAGAAAUUUCUUGCCUGUCUCAUCAAUACCACAGAGUCCAGUGAAAAUGAGGAAAACCUUCUUGUACUCGUUGAUCAACAUGCAGCUCACGAAAGGGUUCGCUUAGAGGCGCUUGUAAACGAGUCUUAUGAGGAUGACUCGGACACACCAGGUAAAAAAAGACUCUGUGCAUCGCGUGUAAGUCCUCCCCUGGAGAUCCAUAUGACUGAAGAAGAGAUCAGACUGCUGAGGUUGUAUCAGCUUUCACUAAGAGACCUUGCUCUAGAAAUAAGCUUUCCUCAGACAGAACAGUCGUAUGUGCUUGUGGAGAAACUCCCAGCGUGUUUUGUAGAGAAAGAGAACACAGAAAAGCGACGUGGCCGACGAAGUGUAAUCAAGUCUAUUACAGAGGAAUACAUAAGAGAGCACAUUGAGGCUGUGCAGUCGACAGGAAGAGUAAAAGCCACUUUGCCUUUAACAGUCCACAAUGUCCUUGCUUCACAAGCAUGUCAUGGAGCAAUUAAGUUUAAUGAUGAGCUGAAUAAAGAGGAGUGCUGCAGUCUGGUGGCGUCCCUCUCGUCCUGUCAGCUGCCUUUCCAGUGUGCUCAUGGACGGCCCUCCAUUCUUCCUCUAGCCGAUCUUCUCCACUUAGAGGAGGAAAAGGACGUUCCCAAACCCAAUCUCAGAAAAUUGAGAAGAAUGUACAAGGCAUGGCAACUUUAUGACAAGAAUUGAUUUGAGCAACAAACAAAAAAAAUCUAUUUCACAGAGAAAACAACAUGGACUUUAAAGAUUUUAAUUAAAUUAUUUAUUUUUAUAUA